AUGACCAAGGCAACCUGGACACGCAUUGCUGCUCCUGACCUCACGCGCUCGUCGCAGAGCGUGUCCGUAGUCGGCCCUCACGUUUACAUCUUUGGCGGUGAGAUUCAGCCCCGCGAGCCGGUGGACAAUGCUGUUCAUGUGGUGGACAUUGCGACUGGUGCAUACAACAAGAUCGAUGCCGACAGCGCUCCUACCCCGCGUGUCGGCCACACCGCUGCUGUCAUCGGCAACACGAUCUACGUCUUCAGCGGACGCGGUGGCCCAGAGAUGACUCCCAUCGACGAGGGUGGUGCUGUGCACGCCUUUGACACGUCGACAAAGACCUGGCAGACCCUCACACCCGCCGACCCAUCGGCGCCGUACCCCGCCGCCCGCUCGUACCACUGCUCGACUGCGACGCCCACCGCCGUCAUCGUACACGCUGGAUGCGGCGACGCCGCGACCGGUCGUCUCAACGACGUCUGGUCGUUCUCGCCCGCGACGCGGGCAUGGACCAAGCUUCCCGACGCGCCCGGCGCACCGCGCGGCGGAGCCACCAUCGCCCACGCCGCCGGCAAGCUGUACCGCUUUGGAGGCUUCAACGGCACGACCGAGGUCGGCGGAGCCAUUGACGUGCUUGCGUUGGACGCGGGCGAGUGGUCGUCGCUAGUGUUUGGCGAGCAGGAGGGCCUGAGCCGCGAGGCCGUCGGUGAUCUCACCAAGGGGGCGGCCGCUGGCCCUGGCCACCGCUCCGUGAGUGGCCUGCACUCUGUCGGCGACGACAAGCUUGUCCUCCUCUUCGGCGAGGGCAAGCCCAGCAUUACUGGAGGACACGAUGCCGCCGGCAACUUCUGGGACGACGUGUGGGCCUACAGCCCGGCCACUGACACCUGGAGCGAGGUCGAGGCUGGGCAGGGCCCGGCCGCGCGGGGAUGGUUCGCGAGCGAUUCUUAG